GCGAGCCCACACUGAUCGUGCAAUCAACUUUGCGCCGUGGCGCGGCGGAGGUCGGCACUUUGCUGUCGUCGCAACCCUGACCCUUCUCCUGGACGCUAUCCGACGCAAGGAUCCCGUGCUUGAGCAGCUUGCCCUCGAUGUGGACCAUGAUCUCUGCCAUGCCAGGCCGACCUCACCGGAUGAUGUUAAUGCGGCUGAGAUUGCAGCGCAAGCCGGUGACAUGCACAAACUGUACUACCACAUCCGUAGGUCCGUGACCGUAAAGCUGGCAAAACCCGUUCCCCCAUCACAGGAGGAGGAACGCCUCGCACAAUUCCCGAGCCUUGGAUCUCCGACUCAGUGGAUUGAGCAUGCCGUCACGGCCUUUGCCGACGAUUUCUUGUCGGUUGCCUUUUCGCCGUCCUGCAAGAGGCGCCAUGACCAGAAAUUCAUUCGACUGGGCACGCCUUUUCAACCGAUUGAUGUUGCCCUUGCCAACACCAUUCCCUACCUAGGCGAAGGUGGCGGUGGCCCGCCUAAGUCGGGUCCUCUUCAAGCGGCAAGGCAUCAAAGCGUAGACUUGACACGCUUGCCCGUGAUAGGUCUCAGCAUGACCACGCCAGCAGAGCAAGUCAAGGAGCUCUUCGGGUCGAGCUUGCCUUCGUUCGCAGCGGAGAUGGAGCUGGAGCAGAAAGAGGACCAGGACCAACAGUCUCCGUUGGACGACCGACGCCAGAAGUGGCCGAAGCAGGCGGGCAAAGGGAGGGGCCACCAGCUGGACAAACGCCCACGCGACGACGGUCGGAGCUGGAACCUGUCCAAGAGCUCGGACCAGAAGUACGACCGGCUGACCGACCAGGUUUCUGGAGAGGAAGUCCGCCGCCUGAUGGCCCUCUUGACCCGCCUUUGCCUGCGCCAGGAGGACGACCUCGCGGCCACACGCGCCGACAGUGCCUUCCUACUGUACAUGGAGACGAAGCCGGACCUGAACAUAGCGUCGGGCCCCUACCAGCCGUUCACCAACCACUUCUUUGCCAUCGCGCAGAAAUGGCAGAAGGUCAAGGAGGAAACGCCGACGAAGCUGGACCUGUCCCUCCGCUCCACCCUGCUGCUGGCCUACAUGACCGAGUUCCACGAGCGACUUCGCCACGCCUUGGAGCCGAACAACAAGGAGACCUCUGUGAAAGCCGGCUGGCUGCAGGAGACACCGGGCGCACCGCCCUGCUGGACGUACGCGAAGUGGGAUGCCGCCAAACGGGAGAGCAUCUUGGACACCAGCAAACCACCGGUCACCCACUCGAAGGUCCUCGAUGCGGUGGCGCGCAGCCUGACGCUUCUCGGCAACUCGAAUUUGAUUCAUCGAUUCAGGGCGACGAGACCCCUCGCGCUCGAGUACGAGGCCAACAUCCUCACGUUCCUGAUGCUCGUCAGCAACCGGAGCGCCGAGGCGGAUCAGCUCUUCUCAACGAUGGAGCUCCUGACGGAUUGCAAUGCCACCCAGCUCAUGCGCACGAGAUUCGCCAAGGAGAGACUCCGCCGCCAGCCGCUGGCACAAGCGCUCCAGCGCGAAGCCAGCAAUCUCCUCCAAGCGACCAACCCGCACAGCAGCAGCUCCUGGGGCCGAGCCUCCACCGAGAACCGUGAGAUUGCAGAUCAACCCGCAGACUGUUUUGGUGCGCGCCUUUUCAACUGGGCCAGUCUUCUGCAGGGUUGGCGCAACCUGUCCCAACAGCAAGACGCAGCCGAGUUUUCAGACUUCUUGCUGGAAAGAUUGCUGCCACCUGCAUUCCAAGGUCACUACCAGUGUGCGUUGGCCACAGCCGGUGAGCCUGCUGCGCUUCUCUUGAGCAACGAUGGCACGGCCGCUAAGCCGGUCAAGGCCAGUCAGAUGCCCUGGAUUGAAGCCAACUGUUACAUGGUAUGCCUUCGUGCCGUACAGCCCUAA